AUGUUCUGUCAUCUUGCACAUUCACCAUGUCUGGUCCUGUUUGUAAAAUUUACAUGCGCAUUACCUUUCAAGGAGAAAUACCCAAUUGACUUGGACAUUUCCUAUCCACUUCCAGAGCACAUUAAGGUCUCAUACUCUGGUCAACUCGAUGGAGCCUAUUACGCCUUUGUCAAGGAGACCCAUGUAGAUAGAUUCAGGGUCGGCCUACUCACCUAUAAAGGACAGAUACUUUCUCCGGGUAAUUCGAGGGACGUUAACAAGUUCUUCUUCUUCUUUGCAACUUUGGGGCACGACACAGAGUACCUUCGGGUAGUUAGUAAGACGUUGACGAUUCAGGGUACUACGAGACGGAAGGUGGAGGAGUUUGUGAGGACCAAGGAUACCACCAGAUUCAGGAGACUGAGUAGGAGACCUGUGACUGUAAACGUCAUUUUGCAAAUGAACACGAGACUCGUGGAAGUGGCAAUUCGCGGAGGGGUUGGACCAAAGAGGUUUGAAAUACGAGACGGAAUGGGAUUUGACAAUGUGAUUGGUGUCGUGCGUUACGGUCCCUAUGUCCUCACUACCAGAACUAGAGGCCUAGUAGAGAGGAUAGUGCUCUGGGACGGAGGUAAAGAGCAGCCGUACAUCACAAUCAUAUCGCUGUACAUUGAUGGGAACUGUAUAACGACAAAGUACAGAUAUGAUGAAGGUGAGUUUGGGUUUAGAAUCGAAAGUAAAGCGUUGCAUCAAGUAUUCCAAAACCCCUUUGAUGAAAGCGGAGAAGUGGAUGCCGAAGUCAGGGAGUCCAUGGAUGAAGAAGAUUGGAGGAAUGACGGACCAUUUCUGCUACAGGAGUUGUCUACACCAAACAUUAUGGCUAGACCAGAUGAGGUUCAAGCGUAA